CUCAAAGGGGUUUCGAGAAACUUUGCUCGCAAGUAUAUAAAGGUUAAAGAAGGCCCAUAGCUCGGCAGAUAAAGCAAAAGCAGCAGCGAGAAGCGAGCGAGAGCACAGCUCAACAUACUUCAAAAAUUCAAGCGGAGGAGAUCUCCAUACAGCAGAAUACUUUUUAUACGGACAUUUAAUACAGAAGAUUAUAAUCAAGAUGCCUGAGAAUGCCGCGCAGCCCAUGGUGGAGGAGGAGGUUGAGACCUUUGCCUUUCAGGCAGAGAUCGCUCAGUUGAUGUCUCUCAUCAUCAACACUUUCUACUCAAACAAAGAGAUCUUCCUCAGGGAGCUCAUCUCCAACUCAUCAGACGCUUUGGACAAGAUCAGAUAUGAGAGCCUGACAGACCCAAGCAAACUCGAUUCAUGCAAAGAUCUGAAGAUUGAACUGAUCCCAGAUCAGAAACUACGUACGCUCACGAUCAUCGAUACCGGCAUCGGUAUGACCAAAGCUGACCUCAUCAAUAACCUGGGCACCAUUGCCAAAUCUGGCACAAAGGCUUUCAUGGAGGCCCUGCAGGCUGGGGCUGACAUCUCCAUGAUCGGUCAGUUUGGCGUGGGUUUCUAUUCUGCUUACCUGGUGGCCGAAAAAGUCACAGUUAUCACCAAACACAAUGAUGAUGAGCAGUAUCUCUGGGAGUCUGCAGCCGGCGGUUCCUUCACCGUGAGACCAGACCCCGGUGAAUCCAUUGGACGUGGUACAAAAGUCAUUCUCCACCUUAAAGAGGACCAAUCUGAAUAUAUUGAGGAGAAACGCAUCAAGGAAGUUGUUAAGAAGCACUCUCAGUUCAUUGGUUACCCCAUAACUCUCUUUAUUGAGAAACAGAGAGAGAAGGAGGUUGACCUUGAAGAAGGAGAAAAGGAAGAGGAGGAGGCAGCUGGAGAUGACAAAGACAAACCCAAGAUUGAGGACUUGGGGGCUGAUGAAGAUGAAGACUCCAAAGACGAAAAGAACAAGAGGAAGAAAAAGGUGAAGGAAAAAUACAUUGAUGCUCAGGAGCUGAACAAGACCAAACCCCUCUGGACCCGUAACCCAGAUGACAUCACCAAUGAGGAGUACGGCGAGUUUUACAAGAGUUUGAGCAAUGACUGGGAAGAUCACUUGGCUGUUAAGCACUUCUCAGUUGAGGGUCAGCUUGAGUUCCGUGCACUACUGUUUGUACCGAGAAGAGCCUCCUUUGACCUUUUUGAGAACAAGAAGAAGAGGAACAACAUUAAGCUGUAUGUGCGCAGAGUCUUUAUCAUGGACAACUGUGAUGAGCUCAUUCCAGAAUAUCUCAACUUCAUUAAGGGUGUGGUGGACUCUGAAGAUCUUCCUCUAAACAUCUCCAGAGAGAUGCUCCAGCAGAGCAAGAUCCUGAAAGUGAUCCGCAAGAACCUGGUCAAGAAGUGCCUUGAGCUCUUCACUGAACUCUCGGAGGACAAAGACAACUACAAGAAGUUUUAUGAGCAGUUCUCCAAGAACAUCAAACUUGGUAUCCAUGAGGACUCUCAGAACCGCAAAAAGCUAUCCGACAUGCUUCGCUACUACACAUCUGCUUCUGGAGAUGAGAUGGUUUCCCUUAAAGAUUACGUGUCUCGCAUGAAGGAGAAUCAGAAGCACAUCUACUAUAUCACUGGUGAGACCAAAGAUCAAGUGGCCAACUCUGCUUUUGUUGAGCGUCUGCGCAAAGCCGGUCUAGAGGUGAUCUACAUGAUCGAGCCCAUUGAUGAGUACUGUGUGCAACAGCUGAAAGAGUACGAUGGCAAAAAUUUGGUAUCGGUGACCAAAGAGGGUCUGGAGCUGCCUGAGGAUGAGGACGAGAAGAAAAAGCAGGAAGAAUUGAAGACCAAAUAUGAAAACUUGUGCAAGAUCAUGAAAGACAUUCUCGAUAAAAAGAUUGAGAAGGUCACGGUCUCGAACCGCCUGGUGUCCUCACCCUGCUGCAUCGUCACAAGCACAUACGGCUGGACGGCCAACAUGGAGAGGAUCAUGAAGUCUCAGGCCCUGAGGGACAACUCCACCAUGGGCUACAUGACUGCUAAGAAACACUUAGAGAUCAACCCCGUCCAUCCCAUCGUUGAGACCCUCAGAGACAAGGCAGAGGCAGACAAGAAUGACAAGGCUGUUAAAGACCUGGUCAUCCUGCUUUUCGAAACCGCCCUGCUUUCCUCUGGCUUCACCUUGGAAGACCCACAGACACAUGCUAACCGCAUCUACAGGAUGAUCAAACUUGGUCUCGGUAUCGAUGACGAUGACUCUACUGUAGAAGAUAUUACUCAACCUGCUGAAGAAGAUAUGCCGGUUUUGGAGGGCGAUGACGACACUUCUAGAAUGGAGGAAGUUGACUAAUAUGUUUUAGUGUAAAUAUCACUAAAUUGUUAAUGUAUUGAUUAUAAUUUAUUGUUUUUUUUUGUAAACACAUUUUUGCAGUUAAAACAUAAUUGUACCAUAGUAUAGCAUUGUACUGUAGCAAAACCCCCAACUUCUUUGUAUUUCUUUUGUGUUUAAAUGCAGAAUUUUGUUUUCUUAGAUUUUAUAAUGAUUGUUUUUGUAAACUUAAAUAAAAAGUUUUUAAUAAAUGAACAUUGAGCAAAUAUUAA